CCACCGGACACCUACCAAAUGAAAUCAGGACGAGUGCGUUUCCACAAACUUUGGUUUGUCCCGAGGAGCUUUGGUCCCGUCUGCAGCCCGGAACACCUGGACGCCCCGCGGGACUCGCUGGAGGAAUAAGGCUGGUUGUUGCAACAGCAGAGCAUUAAUACACCGGCUGGGCUGAGCACCAUGAGUAGGAAGACACGGCGCUGGAUUUUCCAUUUUUUCCUGUGCCUUGGAAUAGUGUAUCUGAAAAUCGGGGGUCUGUCAUCGGUGGUUGCGCUUGGAGCGAGCAUCAUCUGCAAUAAAAUCCCCGGCCUGGCCCCCCGUCAGAGGACUAUCUGUCAGAGCCGACCCGACGCGAUCAUAGUGAUCGGAGAAGGAGUUCAGAUGGGGAUCAAUGAGUGUCAGUUUCAGUUCAGACACGGACGCUGGAACUGCUCGGCCCUGGGGGAGAGGACCGUGUUCGGGAAGGAGCUCAGAGUGGGCAGCAAGGAGGCUGCGUUCACCUACGCGAUCAUCGCCGCCGGAGUCGCCCACGCCGUCACUGCGGCCUGCACCCAGGGGAGCCUGAGCGGCUGCGGCUGCGACAAGGAGAAGCAGGGUUUCUACAACCAGGAGGAGGGCUGGAAGUGGGGCGGCUGCUCUGCUGACGUCCACUAUGGCCUGGGUUUCUCGAAGGUGUUUGUGGACGCCCGGGAGAUCAAGCAGAAUGCCAGGACUCUCAUGAAUUUGCAUAACAAUGAAGUGGGACGCAAGGUCCUGGAGAAGGGCAUGCGCCUGGAGUGCAAGUGUCACGGCGUGUCGGGCUCCUGCACCACCAAGACGUGCUGGACGACGCUCCCCAAGUUCCGCCAGCUGGGAUACAUCCUCAAGGACAAGUACAACCAGGCGGUGCACGUGGAGCCGGUACGAGCCAGCCGCAACAAGCGGCCCACCUUCCUGAAGAUCAAGAAGCCGCACUCCUACCGCAAGCCCAUGGACACGGAGCUGGUCUACAUCGAAAGGUCGCCCAACUACUGCGAGGCCGACCCUUUGACCGGCAGCAUGGGAACGCAGGGCCGCCUCUGCAACAAGACGGCUCAGCAGCCCAACAGCUGCGACCUGAUGUGCUGCGGUCGAGGAUACAACACGCACCAAUACUCCCGCGUCUGGCAGUGCAACUGCAAGUUCCUGUGGUGCUGCUACGUCAAGUGCAACACCUGCAGUGAGAGGACAGAGGUGUACACCUGUAAAUAGAAGUAUUUAUUGGACGCGUACUGAGACACACAGCCAGACCGGACCGUGUGUGAAUGUGUGUGCAUGCGUCUCGUCGAUGUAUUUCAGAAUAAGAGUCCUCUGAGGCUGACAGACACACACGGAGCGACUGCCUCGACUCCUCUGCCGUGUGUUGAUUAUACUGAUGCCAAUGGACAUCUGCCAUGACACUGGACUCCACCUGUGGGCUCAUGAGUCGUAUUUUAUUGUAGAAUUUGAAUGCCAUUUCAUGCUCCAGGCCUGACCGACCUGCAGGCCACGCUGGUCUAUUGCAUGACUCACCUCAAACAGUGCUAGUUUUUUUUCUUUCCUAGACUAAUAAUUUAUUCAAUGAGAAAACUACUGAUGAUUUUGACUAAAUCUGGUCAGGUUUUAAGAUGGUGUAGGUGCCUUUUAGUGACAAAAUAUUCAAGCGCACUUAAAAGCAAAAGGAAUUUUAUUUUUAUUUUUUAUUUUUUACCAAGACAACUGACACACUGGAGCUGAAAACUGAAACUCGACUGAAAGGCAUGUUUGGGACCCUGCAGCUUCUGUGCAUUAAGCCUAGCAGAAGAACAUGAAACUACUGAUCCCGGGCUUGGUAUGAUAGUGUUUUGGGUUUUUUUUCGAUGUGUUUUUGUUCCCUCUCCCCAACAGUCUGCUGCUAGUUGUCUGGAAAGUUAUGGGGUUUGUGACUGAGCAGCCAUUUUGACUCCUCAAGCUAAGCUGACGCCACCAGAAGCAAACGCGAGCUUCCAGACAGAAAUUCCCCUGUAUGUUGUUUGAUAGAAUAUAUUUUGUAAGAGAUUAUUUUUAUAUAAUAUUUUUUUUUAAUUUAUUUUCUAUCUCCGUGUAAGAUAUUUUCCCUUAACAUUUCUAACUGUUCAGUUACUGAGUGUCUGAAAGAGAAAAUGACCCACUGAAAGCCUGUUUUCAGAAUGUGCCUCGUUCCUCAGCAGGAGAAUAUGUCAGCAUUAUGCUGAUGUGGCCUUGUGAAUGUCAGAAACAUGGUUUCACCUUGCCAUGCUGUGUAUGGACGUUGUUGCUUGUGUGACUCAGUGCUAUCUCUUGUACAGGGUUUCUCUGAAAAGGUAAAAGGUGUUUUCGUGGUUCACGAUCCAUAUUCUAAAAAACGCUAGUAUCUGCUGCAGCAUUCGCCUUUAUGAUUGGAACAAAGUUAAACAACGAUUCAUAUGUUAGCCAAUAAAAGAUACAGCUCUUAUGAAGGGUUAACUGCGCGGUACAGGAGUGAUAUGUCAGUGUAACAGUUGGUCCUUUGCUAGUCUCUCCCUGUGCAUGGCUGUAAUCUCUGUUGUCUAAAAAACAUCACUGUUUCAGCCUCGACCAGCCGCGGCCACUCCACCGCUCUCUUCUGCUGAGCUGCAAAUAUUAAACCUGCAAACGUCUUCAGUGGUGAAAAACAGAAAUAACAAAUACAUCUAAAUAAAUACUAUAUUAAGUGUCGGCAUGAUGUUGUGUUCAGAGGCUGGAUUUAAAUCCUUUGUGUGAAUACAAAUGAGAUGAGAUUAUUUAAGUUGAGGGAGAGAGUCUGGGAGCUAUGCUUUCAUGUCAGAUCUCUGUUAGAGUAAUGAGUGAUCCACAGAUAUGCAGUUUGUCCUUCUUGUCAAGUCUUUCUCUAACCAGGGAGGGCUGGGUAUCAUUUCAUACAAACAUAGUUUGACCUUUCAUGCCUUUUAUUAGAGAGAGGACAGGAAAUGAGGGGAGAUGUGUGACAUAAAACAAGGAUGUGCACCUGCAGCACCUGGAUGCACCAGCUGAGUAUCAUUUAACAUUUUUUGCUGUCACUGUGUUUCAGUAUCAAUACAAAAUAAAAGAAAUACUGAAUAGAACAAGAUGAAAGUUUUGAUUUAGAUCGUGAAAUAAAUAAACGACAGACCAAGCAUUCACUCACAACCUUUUACAGUUUUUCAUACGUGGUCCAAUGGAUACGCUUCAGCCAGUACUCAACAAGUAUAAAGUUUAAUACCCAGCCUUAAUACUUACAUUUAAAACAGUCAGACGUACCUCUACAGGGACUGUAGCAACCCGUUGGGAUGGUGCUGCAUGGUGACAGGUUGAUUAUGGAUGGAACAGGAGGGGGUGUUACAUGGUUACGGCUGCAGAAACCCUGCAGCUCUCUUGUUUGGUUAUUAUAAAGAGAGUUUCCAGUGAAGCGUCAGUCAGUGCUGACGCAGUCCUCAUUAAAGGUUGUUCUUGUAUGUGACUGAACUGAUGAAAUGAUAUCACCCGACUGCUGUAGUGCUCUUAAA